AUGGUUGGCGCUUUGGUAAAUGGCCCGAUUGCUGAUGCCCUAUCUCGUCGCUGGACUAUUCUCCUCGCCAACGUCAUCUUCCUCGUAGGCUCGAUCAUCCAAGCCGCGUCGAUCAACGUUCCUAUGAUUUUUAUUGGGCGCUUCAUUGCCGGAUUGUCGAUUGGUCAGUUGUCCAUGGUUGUUCCUCUGUACCUGAGCGAGCUUGCGCCGCCAAACCUCCGAGGGAGUCUUGUCGCGCUGCAGCAGCUUGGCAUCACAGUGGGAAUCAUGAUUGCUUUCUGGCUAGAUUAUGGGACCCAGCAUAUCGGAGGUACAGGUGACGAUCGCGAGGAAGAUGCGCUUGCCACCCUCGUCCGAAUCCGGCGUGUCCCACCAACAGACGCUCGGCUUAAGCUCGAGUUGACAGAGAUCAAGGUCGCAGCCCGAUUUGAUAUCGAGACAACCGCCGAACUGUAUCCUGGCGUCACUUCACGCCUAAAACUUACCUUGGACAGAUACAAGUCACUAUUCGUUGUUCGGCACCUCAAUCGCCGUUUAGUGAUUGCCUGCCUGCUUCAACUGAUACAGCAAUUUACCGGGCUUUCAGGCAACUCCGUAGAUCUACUAGCAACUGGCGUCGUCGGUGUCAUUAACUUCUUCUCCACCAUCCCCGCCAUUAUGUUCAUGGACAGAUGGGGGCGGAAGAAAGUCCUCAUCAUCGGUGGAGUCGGCAUGGGAGUGUCUCAACUCAUUGUGGGAACUCUCUAUGCUGUCUACAAGGACAGCUGGGCAAGUAAUAAGUCGGCUGGGUGGGCCGCUGCGUUCUUUGUAUGGGCCUACAUCGCCAAUUUUGCCUUCAGCAUCGGAUGCGUCAACUGGAUUGUGCCUUCGGAGAUCUUCCCACCUGGAGUGCGAUCCCAAGCAGUUGGUCUUGCGAUUGGAACCAAUUGGCUGAGCAACCUUUCUGUGUAA